CCACUUCAACAGCUGAAAGCUGGCUGAGCGCAGCUGGACCGCGCUACUGGAUGCUUAACCAUGAGUGACCCGUUUAACAGCAGCAGCAGGGUGUUUAACCGAACCCCCCAGGGUCAUGUCACAUUUGGAAAUCUGGAGGACAUAGACGUGACCGCGGACAGGAGCCCGGUCCUAAGAAUCCUGAUCUCAGUGGUGUACAUUCUCGUGUGCGCAAUAGGCUUAGUUGGGAAUUCGCUCGUCCUUUUCAUCAUGAGAGUGAAACACUGCAGACAGAGGACCACCAUUAAUGUGUUCAUCAUUAAUUUAGCCGUCACAGACCUCCAGUUCGUCCUGACGUUGCCGUUUUGGGCGGUGGAUACCGCUCUGGAUUUCAGCUGGCCGUUUGGAGACGCCAUGUGCAAGAUCAUACUGUCUGUCACUGUGAUGAAUAUGUACGCCAGCGUCUUCUUCCUCACUGCUAUGAGCAUCACUCGAUACUGCUCCGUGGCUUCAGCCACCAAGAACAGGGUCCGUCCCCAAACAUCCUUCUCUGUCAAAUCGGUUUGCGCAUUUUUGUGGGUGUUUGCAACCGUCGCCACCGUGCCAACGUCAGUUUUCUCCACUGUGACCGACGUGGCUGGAGAGAAGCUCUGCUUGCUGAAGUUUCCCGCCGGACAUUAUUGGCUUGCCUUUUAUCAUUUGCAAAAAAUCCUGGUUGCUUUUGUUUUGCCCAUGUUGAUCCUUUCCGUGUCCUAUUUGCUGCUUCUGAGAUUUGUGAGAAAGCGAAAUCUGAAUAGCAGUCAUUCAAAGCGCAGGAUUCAUGUCACCAAAUCUAUCACAAUUGUGGUUCUUUCCUUCUUUCUUUGCUGGAUGCCGAACCACGCAAUUACAUUUUGGGGUGUUUUGGUAAAGUUGAACGUGAUUCACUGGGAUGAGGCGUAUUAUAUUGUCCAUACUUAUGUAUUCCCCGUGACUAUUUGUUUAGCUCAUACUAAUAGUUGCUUAAAUCCGUUUAUAUAUUGUCUUACGAGAAGGGCUUUGAGAAAGAAACUGAAAAACUGUUUGUCAAAUAUUGCACCUUGGUUAUUAAAAAGGUAUUUUCAGAAAUCUGCAAUGCAUGCAUGAAGCAGUGUAACGA